AUGCCAUGUUUACAUUUUGUUGAUGAUGCAUUUGAUAACAGAGGUCUCUUUACUAAUAUACUCUUUACAGAUGGAGUGGAACUGCUUUUCCUAGUGAAAGCUGGUGGUGAUGCCUGUAAAUACCUGCAAUCACAGCGUCAAUGGGAUAAGAGUAUUGUAUAUGCUAAGAUGGGAUUGGAAGACCCAGAAGAUGUGCUCAACAAAUGGAUUGCUCACCUGUCAUUUGAUGAGAAAACGCAAUUUAUGUACGCUCAAGCAAGUAAGAGUGAAUGGCCACAAAUUGUGGAGUUACUGUCAAGUAGUGGUCAAGCAGAGUUGGCGCAACUGAUCCUUGCAGCCUCGUCCACAGCGGCUCCCUCAUCUUCCAAAGAAGCGAAUACAUCAUAA